CCUCACUGCAGCCCAGGCAGAGCUGACACUGCUGAUGGCAUCAGAAGCAGAUGCUCUGAAGUAUUAGUGUCUGUUUUGUGACAUUAACUUUGCUUAGUGGAUUCAAUGGAGGCAACAUAGUUCUUGUUAGAAAGGAGCAAUGUUCCCCAGCAACAUAAGGCCUGAAGGAGACAAAUGCCUAAUGGCCUGAAUGAAGAAAAAAAAUGCCUCUUAUUCUGAAAGAGCUGGUCCUGAAGAAAGAUAUGCAAAACCAGCAGCUAAAGGAAGCCUCACAGGUGCCCAGGAAACAAACUUGCCCUAUAAAUCACAUCCGCUGAAGGUGCUGGAGGACACUUAGUAUACUUGGUGUGUACUGAGCUAUAUGCCCCCCAAUCCAGUCCUGGAUUGAGCUGUGGAAAUACAGGAUCCUGGACUUGGAGCGUAGGAACUACAUUACCCAGAAGGCCGGGCGUGGAAUGACAACGGGAUGAGCCAAUGGAGGCUCAGGAAAGGCGUUUCCGCUUGGCCACUUGUGUAGGGCGGGACGGGUAGGCCUCCUGGCGGGGUUUUGUCUUCUCUCAGUUUUAUUCUCAGGCGGUCAGGAGUUCCUGGUCGCAGAGUCCCGUGGAGAAGGCUGGAGAGUGAUGCUCCCCGCCUCACAGCCCGUGGUGGGAGCCUGCAGGGGCGCGCACAGCUCACAUGUGGGAUUGAAGCUCCCAGUCGCUAUCAGGGCCGGGCCAGGGACCGCCAUUCCCGCAGCGGCCUCUUCUCCGGGGGCUCAGGCCCCGCUCUGCCCACAGAGUCCAAUGGCGGCGCCCGAGCUGAGUUGCAGGCCUGAGGUUGGUGUGACCUUUGAGGACAUUGCCCUGUACUUCUCCAGGGAGGAAUGGAGCCUCCUUGAUGAGAGUCAGAGACAGCUGUACCUGAAUGUGAUGCUGGAGAACUUUGAACUUAUAUCCUCCCUGGGUUGCUGCUGUGGAGCAGAGAAUAUGGAGGCAACGACUGAACAGAAGGUUUCUGUAAGAUUGUCACAGGCAAGGAAUCCCAAGGUAGCCUUGUCUUCCCAGAAGAGUCACCCCUGUGAGAGUUGUGGGCUAGUCUUGGGAAACAUUUUCCACGUGAUGGAGCUGCAGGGAACACAACACGGACAGAUACUGUUGAGGUGUGGGGCGUGUGCAAAACAAUUUUAUUUCCGUGCAAAAUUUCACCAGGAACAUGUGAGAGAGAAGUCUUUCACUAGAGGUGUGGACAGGAUCUCACUUGUAAGCAGCUGCAAUUUCAAUGUGUCCCAGAAUCGUUGCACAUGCGCGGAGGUUGGGCAGGGUGUCCUUACGGGGUCAGGACAUCUCCACCUAAAGGCUACUCAGACCAAGGACAGUCCAACCGCAAUUUCCACGUGUGGGAUUUCGUUUAAAAGGAGAAAAAAUUAUUACAGUAGAAAAGAAUGUAAGAGAGACAUUAGUUGCACCCACACAUUUAUUCAGGAAAAAGGUGUCCAUCUUGGAAGUGGGUGUUGUAUGUGCUCUGAAUGUGGAAUUUAUUUCACCAAAUUUUCUAGCUUUCAUUAUCAACAGAGAGGUCACACUGGAGAAAAGCCUUAUAAAUGCAGUGAGUGUGGAAAAUCUUUUACCACUACUAGAGACCUUCAUUGUCAUCAGCGUAUUCACACUGGAGAAAAGCCUUAUAAAUGCAGUGAAUGUGGAAAAUCUUUUGCCCGGAGCAAUGCACUUCGUUAUCAUCAGGGAGUUCAUACGGGAGAAAAGCCUUAUAAAUGCAGUGAAUGUGGAAAAUGUUUUAAAAGUAUCAGUGGUCUCCAAUAUCAUCAGAGAGUUCACACUGGAGAAAAGCCUUAUCAAUGCAGUGAAUGUGGGAAAUCUUUUACCUCUAAGAACAUCCUUCAUCAACAUCAGAGAGUUCACACUGGAGAAAAGCCUUAUAAAUGCAGUGAAUGUGGGAUAUCUUUUACCCAAAGCUCUGCCCUUUCUCAUCAUCAGAGACUUCAUACAGGAGAAAAGCCUUAUAAAUGCAAUGAAUGUGGAAAAUCUUUUACCUCUAAGACCCACCUUCAUCAUCAUCAGAGAGUUCAUACAGGAGAAAAGCCUUAUAAAUGUAGUGAAUGUGGGAAAUCUUAUAAAGGCAGAAGUGGUCUCCUAUAUCAUCAGAGAGUUCACAAUGGAGAAAACUCUAAUGAGUGCAAUUAAUAUGAGGAAUCUCUCAGCCACAUUUCUAAAUUCGUCCUCCGCAUAAAAUUACAAAUGUGAGAAAUUUUUUAGAUGUGUAGGAAAUGUAGUUUCUUAUUUAGGACUUAAAAAUACUACCAGAAAAUUUGUGAAUCCUCAUUUUUCUGAAUUGUAUCUCAUACAUUUAAUCACCUAUAUUCUGUAAAGUUCCCAUUAAGUGUUUUUGCUAUUGUGUUUCUGUGAUUUUAUGUUGGAACACUAUGUAAUUAUGUUGCACGUUCUAACAUACAGAGAUGUCCUGCCAGAUCUGUGUCACUGCAUAUUUCUAUUGCUGAAGGUAUUUCCCCUCAACCGCCUAUAAGGUCUCUACAGAUGGCAUCAAUCACCAUCCUCAUGUGCCCAGGGAAGUUAAGUCUGUUGUCUAAUUUGUUGACAGAAAUGAGGAAUCCCUGAGCCCUUAUUUCUUUCUUCUUUCCCUGUCAUGCGUUGCCACAUAGGACUCAUUACGGUUGGCUCCAUAAACAUAAUGUUGCAGAAGAACUGCCAUUUUCAGGGACAUACUUUCUCUAGAUGGUAAUGAUGAGUUUAUUGUGUGCCUAAGUCAUCAAUGGAAGAUCUGCCAGUCUCAUGUUCUUUGGCUUAUAAAAUAAUGAAGGCGUUUUCCUAAGACUUCUUUAAUCUUGGGUGUUCUCUAUUUACUCUAUAGAUUAGUUUAUAAGGAGAUCUGGGCUUUCCAAGCAUGAUGAGGUGAAAAACUUUUAUGGGCUCUCAAACAUUUUUUUCUUGGGGGAACAGUAUGGUGCAGAAAUUAGCUCAGCAGUUUUUGGCAAAUUUACACUGCUGCCCAUAUUUUCCUAGGAAACACUGUGGACACUCUACUCCUCAUGUGAAGAUGGAUGCUUUGAGACACAGAGAUCACUCCGAAGAGGGGAUAGCUGGGACAACCUCAAGUAUGUCUGGGAGCAUGAGUUUUUUUUCUUGUUUGCAAGCGAUGCUAAUACGUGUAAAGUGAAUCUCUGGCCCAGGUCUUGCAGAGGGCCAUGUGCCCGAAUGCCUACAAUUUCACAGGUGAUGGUCACUGGUUUGAGGACAAUCGCAUUCAUGGGAAACGGUUUCACUACAGAAACACUGACCUAAUUGUUGGAUGAGACUGCACCCAUUUAGAUGGAAUGGUCCUCAUCUAACUGUGCAUCCAGGAAUUAUUUU